AUGAAUGCGAUCAACCAAAUGUCAUUAUCAUUUUGUUCAAGUUCUGGGUUUCAACAGUUCAUGGCUAUCAUCGAACCAAAUUAUUUAAUAUGUAAAGAAGGAGCUAUAAAACGAAGACUCAAAGCAUUUAAAUCGUCGGUUGAAGAACAAAUAAAAAAAGAAUUAAGAAAUGCCAAGAGUUGUACAUCUGACUGUUGGUCAUCAAUAUCUCUAGAAUCGUAUAUAACAGUUACUUCACAUUUUAUUGAUGACCAGUGGUGCCCAAAAUCUUACACUCUGACAACUCACCAAUUGGAGGACCGCCAUACAGCUCUCAAUCUAAGUAAUCAGUUGGAAACUACUUUUAGUAAAUGGGAAAUCGAACAAAAAGUUAUGGCAGUAGUUACUGAUAACGCAAAAAAUGUUUUGAAUGCUGUCAAUUUACUUACUAAUAUUACAGAAAAAAAUGACCGUACAUGUUCCGUGCAUACUUUACAACUUGCGAUUAACAAUGGUUUGAAAUAUGAUAAAAUAGAACAAUUAAUUCAAUUAAGUAAUAAAAUCGUUGGUCAUUUUAAACAUUCAAAUGUGGCCACUCAAUGUUUAAAGACUAAGCAAGAACAACUUGGUUUACCAACGGAAUGUUUAAUUCAAAGUUGUAAAACCAGAUGGAACUCCGUAUUCAUGAUGUUGGAUCGACUUUAUGAAAAUAGGUGUCCAGUAUCAAAUGUCUUUGCUGAUCGCACAGUUACUACAGCAGCAAUGGCACAAAAGUUCGAAGUAACCGAGAACCAAUGGGCAGCUAUAGAAACUAUAGUUAAAUUACUUAAGCCUCUACAAAUAAUUACAACUGUAUUUUGUGGUGAAAAGUAUUGUUCAAUUUCAAUGGUCAGGCCUCUCCUUAACAUUGUUAUAGAAAAGCAUUUACAGCCUCAGAUAAAUGACGAUGAAAUUGCUCAAAAUUUCAAAUACAUUGUAAUACAAGAAUUAAAAGACCGUUUCAAGUUAAACUGGAAUCCUUCUAGUGUUGCGUCUGCUCGACAAAUCGCAUCUUUUCUCGACCCAAAAUACAAAGAUUUAGAACAUGAUGCAGCAGAUGCAAGAGAAGAAAUUCGAACCCGAGUCAAGAGUUUGUUAGAUGAUAUAAGUGAACAUAAUGACGAUAUGCAAAUUCAAACAUCUGAGACAAAAAAUAGCUUCGGGGGACUUGCGUUUCUAUACGGUGAUAAGGGCAACUGUAAUACAGAUGAUUCUACAGUUCAAUUUAAAAAUUACUUGGCAGAACCACUAUUACGGUUUGAUUUUGAUGCAUUGGAAUGGUGGAAGACGCGUGCAACGAAGUAUCCAUUAAUGGUUGUUUUAGCUGUUAAGUAUUUAGGGAUACCAGCAACGUCAGUAAGUUCCGAACGGUGUUUCUCGACUGCUGGAAACAUUGUGACGGCUUAG